UUUCUCUAUUUCUUUGUACAUACAUUACCUAUUCGAAUCCGGUUAUUUGAAACCGGUUCCAAUUGAUCGGUCCAGAAUCCGGUUCAAUCAUCCGGCCUAACCCGGUUUAAAAGCAUUGGCCAAAACUACAAAACUCAACAGCAGCCGCUUUGCGCCCUUCACAUCAGAAAGACGAAGUUGGAGCAAAGAAAGAGUAAGAAAGUUGAUAUGGCAGAUAGGAGCAAAGAUCUUCUUCAAUUCGAACACAAGAAAUCCUCUCUUUCUUCUCUAGAAACCGCUCUUCUUGUUUGUGAUAAUAACAGUAACAAAAAAGAAUCAAACACCAGAAUCCCCACUCAUGGAACACCCCUAACAGCUCCACUUCCUCCCAGCCAACUUUUAGGAAAGGUUAAAGAUUUCCUAGGAGUGAUGUCAGAAGCAAAUAAGAAACUGGAAAAUGAUGCUAAGGACCAUCCGGAGAAAUAUGAUAUCGAAGAACUAGCUGGAAAUGAAUCUGAAGUUAUUGAAAUGGAUUUGAUGCUUGGUGUUGCUGAUCUUCAUACGCCUGAGGCUGUGGCUGCUGCAGAGUCAGCUAUUUCGAGUUGUCAGCCCGUGAUUUCUUUGCCUGGUGAUGGUAGCGAAAUAGAUUCAGAAGAAGAAAGCAGUGAUGAUGACGAUGAUGGUAAAACUGAUAGAAAUCUUGAUGGCUUUGAUUGUGGAAACGAUGGUAAAAAGUCUUCAUCAUCCCUGGAUCAAAAACCUGUUUCUGUUAAAGAUGAUAUUCCUGAUAAACAGAAUGGAAACCGUCGUUCCAAAAAACGACCCGCUAUUGUCGAGCUAUCAUGAGGCAAAACUAGUUGGAAAUUAUUGAAUUGGACUGCUUUUUCAUCACUCAGUGUUAGAAAAGAAAAGGGCCUCUCUUUUGUCUAUGAAAACUUGUUGAACAAGGAAGGGUGUACACUUUUACUUUUAAAUAUCUGUUUGUUAACCCCUUGAGAACUAAUUGUAAGAAAAAAUUUCUUUACGAAGUGAUCCUGCUAUGGUUAGUCUUAA